AUGGCCUUCUACUCUGGUAAGACCCGAAACAUUCAAUUUCGGCAGAAGCAGCUAAGAACUUUACUGAAGUUUACACAAGAUCAAGAAAAAGAAAUUUGCGAGCCAAUUUUUGAGGACUUGCAGAAGCCCUAUGCAGAAAUUCUGCUGUCAGAAUUGGCAUUUGUACGCAAUGAGAUUGUUACUGCUUUGCAGGAGUUACCUCAAAGGGUAGAAUCCAAUCGAGUUAGUAAACCUUUCAUUCAUCAAUUUGAUGAUUGCAUGAUCAGAUAUGAGCCGUUGGGAACUGUCUUAGUCAUGGGUGCAUGGAAUUAUCCAAUUCAGGAAUGUUAUCCAGUUAUAUUCGGUGGGCUUAACCUUGCAGAAGCGGUCCUUAAGCAACGCUUUGAUCAUGUCUUUUAUACUGGAGGCAGUUUUGUGGGCAAGAUCGUACUGGAAGCUGCUUCAAAGCAUCUGACUCCAGUUACUUUGGAAUUAGGUGGAAAGAGCUUCUUCAAAAAUGUAAAAUCUCACAUGCAGCAUAAUGUGACUGCUAUGAAUAAUUUACACCAAUCUUUUUUUCAAUCAGUCCAUGUAUCACUGAUGACAUCUGUAAUAUCAACAUUCCUGCUCAACGCAUCGCUUGGGGGCAAAUAUGUCAAUUCCAGCCAGCAAAGAUAUUCAACCAAAAUGAGUGGAAGAAUUGAAGGAUCAAUUGAAAAAAUUUACGGAAAUCUGGGUAGAAGAGUCGCUCGUUUAAUUGAUAAAAAGAAAGUUGCCGUUGGAGGAGAGAUUGAUAGAGAAGAUAAGUUUAUUUCUCCAACCGUCCUAAUCGGCACGGAACCAAAUGAUCCUAUAAUGCAAGAAGAGAUAUUUGGCCCAGUACUACCGAUUGUCAAUAUUGCGACUGUCGAUCAAGCCAUCAAUCUUGUCCAUUGUAGGUAA